AUGGACACAAGGCAGUCAGUCAGUCGAGUAUGUUCUGCUGUUGAUACAUUCCAUACCCUAAUCAUAUUCGCUGUUCGGAGGUCUGCAAGGGAGCGGAACCGUGGAUGGCUGGCCCGGGGAGUCGGCUCCGCACGGAGCACCGGCUCAUCACGUGACACGGACAAAUUCUGGAAGCUCGGAAAUUCUUCCCGCGUCGCACUCGAGAAGGAGCAUCUGAAGGCGCGGCUACCAAAUCGCAGACAGGGCCAUCAUAUCGCAAAAACAGAAAAGAGGUCCAACAAGAGCCCUCCUGAAGAGAUCCGUGUGGAAGGUCUCCCGAUCGUACGGCCCCAGCCCGGACAGAAGGUUGUCCCCAUCCGGACACAAGCCCGUUCUGCGACAAUUCUGCCCAACUUCGUCGGCCUCAAAUUCCAGGUCUACAACGGCAAAGCAUACAUCGACGUGACGAUUACCGAAGACAUGGUCGGACACAAACUGGGAGAGUUCUCGCCGACGAGGAAGCCCUUCAUCUGGACCAGAUUGUAAGGGGGGGCAACAUUCGACUAUCAUUCGGAUGGCAGCCGGGGGAGGUAGAGGAGGAAAAAUGAAUGCACAACACUGUCAAGAUACCAGCGAUCCAACUUGUAGCAUAAUCAAUUGGGGCCUUGUGCCGUUGAUGACCCUCUAACUAACU